AUGUGCCCGCUGGAAGCAUGCAGUAACUACUUGAGGUGCCUGGAUGAAUUACGCUGUUCUUAUUACCCUCAAGUUUUGCUUCUCACUGAUUCUCACUACAGCAAUGUAACUAUUCUUCUACACAAACAGGAUCAUAGUGAAGCAGAACUAUAUGGAGUACCAGCCAAUUCUCUGGAUCCGUCAAUCUGUUGGAAAGAUAUCUGCUGGCUUCAGUCAUUAACUCGUCUGCCUAUAAUUAUUAAGGGCAUUCUAACCAAGGAAGAUGCAGAACUGGCAGUGGAACAUGGUGUCCAAGGUAUCAUAGUGUCAAACCAUGGAGGCAGGCAGCUUGAUGGAGGCCCAGCUACGAUAGAUGCCCUAUCAGAAAUUGUGGAUACAGUCCAAGGAAGAAUUGAGGUUUAUUUGGAUGGUGGAAUCCGUACAGGAAGUGAUGUGCUCAAGGCUUUAGCUAUUGGAGCCAAGUGUGUAUUCAUUGGUCGGCCUGUAGUUUGGGGUCUUGUCUACAAGGGGGAAGAGGGAGUCAAAGAAAUUUUGCAGAUUUUGAAUGAUGAAUUUCGUUUAUCAAUGGCUUUGGCUGGUUGCAGAAAUAUUUUUGAGAUCAACCGGAACCUUGUUCAAUUCUCCAAGCUUUAGAAUGAUUCUUUAGGAGAAAUUAAAUAGUACUACACAUCUGCGUUUGGGACACCAUUGCUGGAAGAUCAAUAUAUCUUGAAAGAAAAGAUCAUUGUGGACAAAUUUGGAGUAGUUGAAAAACACUGUAACCAAGGCAAAUAAACAAAACAGAAUGUCGUGAAUAACUUCUAUUUCAUAAUAUAAGUCUUGAAACAUGCUAAUUGAAUGAAUUAAUUUUCUUCCUUUUGAUAUGUAUAAAUGUUCUUUACUUGAUCAGUUUUAACUGCAGCAUUGACACCGCUAUUAAGCUCGCAUUGAUAAAUGUUCUUUUGGCAAACACUUCCACUUCUCCCUUUAAAAAAAAAAAGUCCAUGCAAAUCUUUGGUCAUCUCUCUAAACCUUGCCUUCUUUGGCAUGGCAUCCUUUUUUCUACUGGUACUUAAUAUGACUAUUAAGUGCUUUGGGACUUUUUUUGUUGUCAUGAGUGUUAUACAAAUGUGAGUUAUUGUUUUUGCUGGAGCACAGCCACUGUGUGAAGCUUAGAUACAUUUUGUAAGUUACAUUCUGCUCAAAGCCCAAAGCUUAAUGAUGGAACCAGGUGGUUUGUGGUGCAUUUGGGAGUUGCUUCUCAAUACCUUUUCAGCUUUAUGACUUGAGAUUGAUUUCAGCCCAGCUAGGGGAAAUGUAAAGUUCCUUCAGUGGAAGAUUGGGUGGCAGUGUCUUUCAGAAUAAUAUAAUUUCAACUCUGGAAUCCAAUAUUUAUGUUUUAAUUUGAUUUCUUCAGACUUCCAAAGAUUAUGAUUUAAAAUAUAAAAUGGCAAUUAAUACACUAUAUUUUCAAUGCCUCUUUGGAACAAUCAAUGAAAUAAUUCUUCUGAUAAUUGAGACUGAGAUUAAUAUGAUCAAGAGGUUCUGAUAAAAUCAUGAACUCGAAAGGAAAAGGUUGGAUGUUUAAUAUAAUUAAUGUCUCUCUAACAUUUGCAUUACAUGCUGCAAUGCACUCAAAACUGUAAUCAUAUGCGUAAACAUAUUUAUCAGUUGAGUUUGUAACCAUAGCAGUUAUCACAAUCAUUAUGUAUUUUGCCAAAUAGUUUGGACUGAGUGACAAAAAGUGUGAUCAGAAUGAACAAAUUUACUAGGAAAAGCUAUCCUGCUAUUCACAAUGCCAUAUCAAAUUAAACACUGUUAAUACUUGUUUUUAAAACCGCAAAUAAUAUUUGAAAUUAAAACUGCUCAGACACUAA